AUGACGUCGCGUCCGUCAACUACCGGCGGUUCCAGUACCGCGGACUCGGGACCGGCCACCGGGACCCCCUCUAGUGCCGGUCCAGUCCAAACACCAACCCCUUUGACUAGCAGUACGGGAGCGACGACACCUCCCCGUGCCGUAGCACCGACCAGUAUCCAGUAUUUGCUUAAUCCGGCGGCAGAUCAGACCUUGACGCCGCUCCAAGUCGACACCGAUAUUACAAACCCUGGCGAGGAUCAUGACUCGGCCUACGGCUCCGAUGCUGGCAGUGCUUACACGGCCUCCAUAGCAUCCUCCAUCUUCCACUAUCAGUACGAGAACGGGCGGCGAUACCACGCCUACCGCGAGGGGCAAUACGUGCUUCCCAAUGACGAUCAAGAGCAAGAACGACUCGACCUGCAGCACCACAUCUGGCGUCUCCUCCUCGGAGGCCAGCUUUACACCGCGCCACUCCCCACACCAGAGGAUCCGGCGGCCUCUGGUAUGAGGAUCCUCGAUCUCGGUACAGGAACGGGAAUAUGGGCCAUAGAGAUGGCAGAUGAAUUUCCCACGGCUGACGUAUACGGUGUCGAUCUCUCGCCCAUUCAACCGGAAUGGGUUCCCACGAACUGCAAAUUCCAUGUCGAUGAUUACGAGGAUGAGUGGACAUACCGUGAGGAGGAGCACUUCGACUAUAUUCACGGCCGCGCGCUCAGCGGAACGUCCUCUGAUUGGGCAAGAUUUUACGACCGUGUCAUGGGUGGCUUGAAGCCAGGCGGAUGGGUUGAAAUGCAAGAGUACGAUGCAUGGAUCUUCAGCGACGACGAUAGCUAUGAGAGAGCGCCCUGGACGAAGGAGUGGGUGACCAAGCUAGACGAGGCAAGCAAAAUGUACGGGAAGCAAAUCAACGUGGCGAGAUACCACAAACAGUGGAUGAUUGAUGCCGGCUUCGAGGAUGUCCAGGAACUUGUUUACAGAAUACCCAUCGGUCCAUGGGCGAAAGACCCGGCAUUGAAGGAGCUUGGUCGCUGCGAACUUGUCCAUAUGCAGAUGUCUGUCGACUCUCACACUCCGGCCUUGUUCACGAGAGUACUGAACUACUCGCACGACCAAGCCAGAGUGCUUAUGGAGGGUGUCAAGCGAGAGUUCCGUAGCAAGGACUACAGGCUUAUCACAAGCUAUCGGUUUGUCACCGGAAGAAAACCGAUGGCAUGA